CUGAUACAGCUGUUCGGUGGAAUGCAAACAACUUUAGUUAGUUUAAUUUAACCGGUAAAAGCAAGCUUUAUAAUUUAAAUAUUAGCUGCCUGCAGCUGCCAAUAGUGUCAAAUUCGGUUUAAGCAAACAGCAAGUGCUCGUUUGGUGCUCUUGUGCUGGUGCGAUGCGGCUUUCUCUGCCCUUAACCCAUUUGUUGUUGUUUUGCGAAUCGCCAAUUUGAAGAAAAAAGCUACCUCGCGUUAUAAAUAAACAAACGCGACUAAACAAUUGGUUCCCCUGUUUUGUUGCGGCUAUUUCUGCGAUUUGUUUACACCAACUACGGCCACUAUAAUUAACAAAAACUAGUUUUCCCGUAACACAAGUACCCAAAUAUGACCCUCAAAGACUGGGGAUACCGGGUGCUGCCCGGUCUAAAGUGGCUGCACGGCUACAGCGGCCAGGAUGCAGUGGCGGAUCUUAUAGCCGGCGUGACAGUUGGACUGACGGUGUUACCCCAAGGAUUGGCAUAUGCGACUCUGGCCGGAUUAGAGCCGCAGUACGGUCUGUACUCGGCCUUUGUGGGUGGCAUCAUAUACGCCAUGCUAGGCAGUUGCCGACAGGUGACCAUUGGACCCACGGCACUGCUCGCCCUGAUGACCAGCCGCCACACUGGCUUGGGACUGGGAUCGGGUCCAGCCUACGCCAUACUGCUGUGCCUUAUCUCGGGUGUGGUGGAGCUGGGAAUGGCGGUGCUGAAGCUGGGCGCCCUGGUGGAUCUUAUAUCGCUGCCGGUUACGGUGGGAUUCACCUCUGCUACGGCUGUGAUUAUUGGCACCUCGCAGCUUAAGGGUCUACUGGGGUUAAGGGGUGGCUCUGGCUCGGAUUUUAUCAACACCAUGCGAUCGGUGUUUGGUAAUCUUCAUCAGGUGCGACGAGGUGACUUUACUUUGGGAUUGGUCUCCAUCGUUGUUCUUCUGGUGUUAAGGAAACUGAAAGACGUAAAACUUGAUGGACGACUUCGUAGUUUGCGGGCCCAGCAGCUGGUUAGCGGGAGCAUAUGGGUCAUAGCCACUGGACGAAAUGCCCUGGUGGUGUUGGUGACCAGUGUUCUGGCUUACAAUACCUGCGACCAAAUGGACAGCUGUCCUUACAUUCUCACGGGUAAGGUGAAGAGCGGCCUGCCCAGCUUGGCGCUACCCAAGUUUGAGACUACAAUUCUGGACAGGAAUGGCACAGAAACCACACAGAACUUGGAACAAAUGCUCUCUGAACUGGGCCCCUCAAUGCUGAUCCUGCCCAUUAUUGCCGUUCUGGGCAACGUAGCUAUUUCCAAGGCAUUUGGUGGCGCCGGUCUGAGUCCCACGCGGGAACUGGUGGCUCUAUCCAUGAGCAACAUCUGCGGAGCCUUCUGCAGUUCCAUGCCAGUGACAGGCUCGUUUUCGCGAAGCGCUGUCAACCAUGCAAGUGGAGUGAGGACACCCCUUGGAGGCUGCUAUACCAGCGUUUUGGUGCUCCUGGCACUGGGUUUGCUGGCACCCUACUUCCAGUAUAUUCCCAAGGCCGCCCUUAGUGCUGUCAUCAUUUCGGCGGUGAUAUUUAUGAUCGAGUUUGAAGUUAUCCGUCCGCUGUGGCGCUGUAGCCGAAGGGAGCUGCUGCCAGGAGCCAUUACCUUUGUGUUGAGCCUGGCAGUGGGCGUGGAGAUUGGCUUGUUACUGGGAGUAGGCGCUGAUGUGGCCUUUCUGGUUUACAGAGCCGCUCGGCCUGUGUUGAGCGUCUCCAAACUGCAGACUAGAAAUGGCAUUAACUACAUCUUGAUACGGCCCAAGCAUAGUUCACUGUACUUUCCGGCCAUCGAAUGGGUUAGGUCGGGAAUCUCUAAAGCUUUGGCCACGCAUGGCACUGCUCCUGUGGUUUUAGAUUGCGCCCAUGUGCAUGAUUUCGAUUUUACAGCAGCUCGAGGAAUGGGCUCGCUGAAAAAGGAGCUGGCCAAGGCCAACGUUCCCUUGUUCCUGAUGAGUGCCCACAAGGACAUUGGUGUGAUAUUAAAGGAGUCCACUAAUAUUGAUUUUCCCACGAUAGACUGCCCCGAUGAUCUGGAACCAAUUUUGGAGCAAAGUGAGACCUGCUUUGCUCCAGACUAUGUGCUCCACUUGCAGGUCACAGCACCGUUGGUGGAGUCGCGAUUGGUGCACUGCGGUGCCGGAGAACCAACUGAACUGAGUAAACUUAAAGAAAAAACUACUUCAUAAAAGAGAAAACUCGAAACUCACAAUGCAGGAUAUGAGAAUAUCAUUAAAUUUAAAUGUACUUAAGUAAGGAAACAAUCUUCCUGCCGAAUAUUUGGCCUCUCUACGCUUUCUCUAGUACUUACUUUCAUUUCCAACUCUUUCAUUCCUAUAUUUAAUGUCCUUUCACCGAUCCGUCGUCAUGUGCUUGUGCUCGAUUAGCUUAAGCUUUAAUUGUAUAUAAAAAUAUGUAGUUAGAUUUUAUAAUGUUAUAAAUGUUUGCGUUUUGUACUUUUA